AUGAACGCAAUCGCACAAGGCAAUACCAUCGGACCGUUAGUGUGCGGCUUCAUCGUGACGUCGCUGUCGUGGCGGUGGCACAAAUGGAUAGCUUUUAUCUUAACGGCCAUCAAUUGGACGAUCGUGCUUCUGCUGUGCCCGGAGACUCGCUAUACCCGGCCGGAAAGUGAACAAAGUAGUGCUGCGCUGUCGCAGACAGAGCAGUACAAUACGAACCAACUCACGGACCAGUUCAAUCAGGAGAAACAAGUGGGCGUCCACCAAGCAGCAGUUGAAGAGGCUCGUGUCGGAGAGACAACAAAGAAGUCUUGGAUUCAGGAGAUGAGCCUCUGGUCGGGCAUACCGAAAGGCUCUAAUAUUGUUCUGCUGUUCCUACGCCCACUUCCAUUGGUCGUGCUGCCCGUUGUCAUCUUCUCUUUCAUCACAUAUUCAGCCUCUCUGGCUUGGGUUUUAGCGAUCAACGUACUCAACCCAUUCGUUUUACAAGCACCGCCGUAUAGCUGGAAACCUGAUAUAAAUGGCCUCAUCAAUAUUCCUGGACUUAUCGGCAACCUGGUAGGCGGAUUGAUCGGAGGCUACUGUGUGGACAAGUACUGUGACUGGCGAAGCAAGAAGAACAAUGGAGUCUUCCAGCCUGAGACUCGUCUUCAUCUACUUCUCUUACCCGCUAUCGUUGUACCAGCCGGCUCUUUACUCUUCGGCUAUGGCGUAGGUGACAGACUACAUUGGACCGCGAUCUUCUUCGGCUACGGGAUGGCGACUGUGGGAUUGACCGCGGUCCCAGUAGCCACGUUCGCCUACUUCGGAGACUGUUAUCUCCCUGUCAAUGCUGAUGCUCUUCUACUCGUGAACGGACUCAAGAACAUAUUUGCUUUCGGCUUCUUAUAUGGCAUCUUACCGUGGAUUACGCAGACAGGCUACAUCAAUGCCUUCGGCACCCAGGCAGGCAUAUACGUCGCAGUCAUGUUGUUCACGAUACCGCUCGUCAUAUUCGGCCCUCACAUACGGCGCAGUACGGCUGGUUGGAGGAUCAUCCUCUCAUAA